AUGUCGAGCACCUGCACCACAAGUCGACCCCAGAUUUACAAGAGCGCUCAAUACGCCACUUGUGAAUCGAUUGACUUGAUAUCGCACGCAAGGACGCAACAUCCUCCGAAGUCGGCUAUUAAGUCUAUUCACGAGACCCACACUCUGAUUACGAAGUUGCCGACUGAAAUCAAACACUGCGUUCGGCUGCGUGGAAUUGGCGCAAAUGACUUGGAAAUGAUAGGUUUGGAAAACAUACUUAAGGACUGUGGGGCUCCGCAUCCACUCGGCCCGCCCUUCCUUUCCCUCGACUCUGAGCCGAUGCGAAUGGCAACAACGUUUCUCUACUUGUAUUCUGGGUUGGAAUUCAGUCCUGAGUCCGGCCAAGGUGUUGAGGUGUUGGGUGCUUUCCAGCACCUCGAUGCGCGUCAAAUGCCAUCAUCAAAUCACCAGGACGUGUUUUACUCGUACGUCCCUCCAUCCUUCUUUGUCUUCUCAAACGUCGGGUAUAACCGAAUACCGUUGUACAGGCGAGUAACGAACUAUGUAGCAUUCAUAGGAUUCACUAUAUUGGUUUGGGACCAUCUGAUUACCUUCAAAGAUGAGGUCCGAUACAUCUGGAACGGACGGAAGAGCAUUGUUAUUUAUUUAUUUUUCUGGGUAAGAAAGGACUGGUGCAUUCUUUUGCGAUUUGAUAGCAGGCGCUUAACUCGUACCGAACAGAAUCGAUACUUCACACCAUUCUCCUUCAUAGGCAACUUCAUAGCCUACUUUUCGACCUGGUCCCCAGAAGGAACCCUUUGUUUCAGUGUAAGAGCAUUAUACGCAGACAGGCCGAAAGUGGUUUAUUCCCUUGGUGUUGUUCUUCUGGCAGAGGCAGGCGUGUUUGCCUGGUUGUUGAGUCGUGCUGAGGCCGUACCACAUACCUUGGAUGUUCAUGGCUAUUCGAAUACAGCAUGCACGAUGAUUUUUGAUCCACAGCUAGGAUCUGCCCCAUCUCUGUCAGCUUGGUUCCCGCUGGUAUACGACACGAUUGUCAUCGCUCUGACCCUGUGGAAAUGUGCUGGGCCUGUAAAAGAGCACACCGCCAGCCAUAUCCUACGUACGCUUCUGAAGGACGGUCUAUUGUAUUACAGCGUUAUAUUCGCUGUAAACCUGGUGCUCGCUGUAAUGAUCAUAUCAACGCGGCCUGGCAUUAAGAAUAUCACGGCGCAACUAGAGCAACUGUUAACUGUCGCUAUGAUGAGCCGGAUCACACUGAGCCUGCGACGUAAGGCACACGAAGACCCAAGCUCGGAUGAAGGGGACGAUAGCUAUCUCUUUCCUCGAUCCCCCGAGUCGAGGUCCUUUCACGUCUACACUGGACAUGGACAUCCGCAUCAUCACUCCCACUAUUCUGACAAGCCAUCACAGCAUUGGAUUGAAAAUGCGUCUGCAACCUCUGGACGUUCGCACGCUUCUUCAAGUUGGCGGCGCUGCCCAGGGAAUUUUGGAUUGUCUUACGAGUCGUUUGACUCUGAUCCCGUGUUGCAUUCUGAAACACCUCCAAUCACCAUGGCGAGAGGCGUGCAAAGUGGUUACCAAGUACGGCCUGGCCGCUCCAUCGACGCUUUUGACACCACGAGGACCCGGUCUCAAGGAAUGGUAUCGGGAAUGGUGGAUGAUCAUCUUCAAACAAAGAGUAUGGGUGCCUUAGAGCUUGGCACCACUGGUGUAGGACAGCCUGAGCGCGCAGUUCUGAGUGAUCGAGAUGUAUAUGAAUUGCGCAGAAUGCGCGCUUCGCCAUACGUCCGCACGUAAAAGAUGGACAGAAUCAUUUUCUUGC